UUUCAUAUCACUUACUUUUAAACAUCAGCAAUGAAGGUGAUAGCGCUUUUGACGUUCCUGGGUUUCCGUCUGAAUCCCUACACAGUUUCUGCGCGGUUGAACCCAAAGGCGAUUAUAUACGACUCUUUGAAGGGAACUUCUGACACGUUGUACAAGUACAAGACAAGAGAAACGAGCAUUGCCUCCAUUUCAGAGCGUCAGUUGGGAAAACGGGUCUCAAAUGAAAACGGUCCAACACAGCGCAAUAGAACUGGCAAGGUCGUCAAAUUAGAGAUGCAGUAUUGUCGGCCAUACCCCACCAUUGUGCAAGUGAGCGAUCCGUUGAAAUGGGGAAACUUCUAUUUACCCAGCUUUGUUGAGCUUCAUCGUUGCGCUGGAGGCUGUCCUUUACAUCCAAGUGUUGGUUACUGCGCAAUGACUAAAGAAGAGAAUGUAACAAUUCUUGUAACUGUUCAUGGACGCCAAAUAUUUAAUAAUCAAUUUCAAGUUGUCAUGAGUAACCACACUGAUUGCUCAUGCGCAUGUGUGCCACAAAAGUGUCACCCCGGGCAACGAUUCAACACUAACCAAUGUAGCUGCGAGUGCACUGAUGUUAAGGAUAAAGACAGCUGUCAAUCAACUGACAACAUGCAGUGGGACAAGAAUCAAUGUCGUUGUGUAUGCAGUAUCAGACGAACUUGCAACUUGGGAUAUAAAUUUAGUUUUAAUACGUGUCAAUGUGAACCUGACGAGGAAGAAAUUCUAGCAAGGCUGUAAGGUUACUUACGACCUCUGAUUUAGGUAAAACUUGCUCUUGUGAAAAGUUAUU